AUGAAGAUCCUCAAGACGUUAUCACUUUUAUUCCUAUUCAGUUCUCAAGCUGCUUCCUUCACUCCGAGUCGUAACUCUGCCUCCAAGGUUUCAGCGACAGAUCAUGCUGGAACUGUCGAUGCUUCCGAAACCUCGCGAAGAUCCUUCUUCGAGAGCAUGGCUCUCAUUCCUUUAGUCGCUAUGUCUGUCGAAAGCGCAAAUGCGUCUGGCGGUGCAACAGCAGGAGGAGCAUAUUUACUCUCUGCUAAGCAAAGAUACAAUGAACGCGUCAAGACUGCUGUCAAGGGAUUGUUGGAAGUCGGAACGGCACUGAAGGGAGGAAGCACCAAAGAAGCAGAGGCCUACUUUGGCAGUGAGGAUGCUGGUAGCUGGAAGGACCUGACAGCAGCAGGCUACCUACUUUCCAAUGCCUUCCGAAGAAGUUCUACAACCUCUCCGGACAGUCUUCCAGCAGUGAAGAAAUACAAGGCACUCGUAAAGGAAGUGGAGGGCCUCCAGAAAAAACUCAAAAAGGGCGCUGGAAAAGCAGCAGACCAAUUCUCAACUGUAGAGGAAGCGCUUGAAAUUUGGUUGACAGAGAUUGAACUUCCCCCCGCGAAAGAAUUGUAA